GCAGCCACCGCACGGCCGUGUUGGCACCAAACCGCGUGGUGGUGUUAGGCUCUUCGCCCAGAUCAAAAUCGAAUCGAUCCCCCAACCCGAUCGCCUCGUCGUCAAAAAAUCCCCAUUCGUUCCCCUUCUCGCCUCCACGAGCCUUCACAAAUUGCCCUCUCAGCUCUUCUCCUAAUCUCACUCUAGCCCUAGCCAAAUCCCAGACCCAUCCCAGCCCUAGCGACACCAACCAGCUCGCCAGCGACCAUGGGGAACCCGGAGAAGCUGAUGAAUCAGAUCUUCGACCUCAAGUUCACCUCCAAGUCGCUGCAGCGGCAGGCGCGCAAGUGCGAGAAGGAGGAGAAGGAGCAGAAGCUCAAGGUCAAGAAGGCGAUCGAGAAGGGCAACAUGGACGGCGCCCGCAUCUACGCCGAGAACGCCAUCCGCAAGCGCACCGAGCACAUGAACUACCUCCGCCUCGCCUCUCGCCUCGACGCCGUCGUGGCCCGCCUCGACACGCAGGCCAAGAUGCAGGUCAUCGGCAAGUCCAUGCAGUCCAUCGUCAAGUCGCUCGACUCCUCGCUCGCCACCGGGAACCUCCAGAAGAUGUCCGAGACCAUGGACAAUUUCGAGCGCCAGUUCGUCAACAUGGAGGUCCAGGCCGAGUUCAUGGAGGGCGCCAUGGCCGGCUCCACCUCCCUCUCCACGCCGGAGACCGAGGUCAACAGCCUCAUGCAGCAGGUCGCGGACGACUACGGGCUCGAGGUCUCCGUCGGUCUGCCGCAGGCAGCCGCCCACGCCAUCCCUGCCGCCAAGGAUAAGGAGAAAGUCGACGAGGAUGACCUUUCUCGCCGCCUCGCCGAGCUUAAGGCCCGCGGCUGAGAGGUUGUUUCAGGCUUUAUCAGAUGCGAUUCAGGCUUAUGCUGUUGAGCCGCAAUGACCCAUUGUCCUGUGGACUGCUACUCAUGUUUGGUAGAUUCGUAAAUACUACUGUUAUAUGCUUGAAGGCGUGUGUUGGCAUUGCCAUGUGGGGUUUGUGUGACUCGAUGGAAACUUUGCUGUCUUAUUGUACUUUAAAAUCCAAUAAUUUGCGCGAUUGCGGACAUCUGUG